CCUCCUUUCUUUGGUAUAAUAAACGCCCAAGAAUCAGCUUCACCCAACUCACUAUGUCCAAGAAGAAUGGAGGUAUUGGAUUACCGGAUAUUUCUCGUUACUACAGGUCUUGCCACCUAGCCAGACUAGUAGACUGGACCACGAAUCACAUUCAUAAGAUCUGGGUCGGUUUGGAGGCUGAUUUUUUCGAAGAUACCACUUUCCACCUCCCCAUGGCUGAAAACCGCCCAUGUCCCUUCUGAAUUUCGGAUGCACCCACUUAUAGGUCCCACUUUACGAUGUAGCGCGCAAGUGUUUUCAGGAAAAACCCUUUCACUUUCACCCCUUCACUCCGAUCAAAUUGAACCCGGACUUUAUUCCAGGGAUGUCUACGACCUUUCUCGCUGGGUAUAGACGGGAAGAUAACCUAACAGUACGUCACUUUCUCAAAGAUUCUAAGCUCCGAUCUAGAGAAGACAUUACAAAGGCGUGGCCAGCCCUUACCUUAACGCCUUGGAUGUAUAGACAAAUCCACCAUUUUCUACGUAACUCCCCACAUCUAAAGGAUUAUUCAAGACCGCUUACUGCUUUCGAAAAACUCUGCUUUACAGAUCUCCCACAGAGGCAUGUAAUAUCCAAAUUAUAUUCCCUAUUGGAAAGUUCCAAUACAUCUCACUCACUGAAGGCCUGUGCAGCCUGGCAGCAUGAUCUAGAAAUUUCAAUCUCACCUGAGGCAUGGAACCACAUUUACGAUCACAUGCAUAAAGGUUCCAUAUGUGUUUCUACACAAGAAAGCAACUACAAAGUUUUUUCCAGA